AUGGUACCAAAGUCCUCCGACUCCCAUGCAGCGGAUUUAGAUGCUCAGAAAAUGAAGAAUUCUGUUAAAAGCUCAGACUACAUAGAAAGACUGGCACGUAAAUACAUGCAGAAAUGCCUGGUGGAGUCAAGUACCGAGUCUGAGGCGGAAUCCAGUGUGGAGGUCAUGCCUGACCCACUUGCUGGAGGACUCAAGAAAGCAAAGGACUCCUGUGGACUGCAAUUUUUAGAUCCUUAUGAUGGUGAUUCAGAAGAUGCAUCUGUUCACUCUGACUGUAGCUUGAACUCUUUAAAUAGUAUAAAAUUUGCACCAUGGGUGAACAGUGCCCCAAAAGCUUUGGAGGAUGCUGAUACUUCGGAAGAUGGAGAGUCCUUCCCUAAACCUCCGGACUGGCUCUCCUCAGAAACACAAGUCAGUGAAAUUCAGACAGUAAAUGACUGUACAGCACCCCUGGACCUUCCUAGCCAAGAGCAGGAUUUCUGGAGGAGCCUGUUGCAAUCCCCUGAACUGCCUAGAGCCACAGAAGCAUUUGCCUCCAUGUCGCUGACACCGGACCGUUCCUCCCUGAUGAGCAUUAGCCCUUCAGCCUCGGCAGACCUUGCAAGCCCAGGUGACAGGGCUCCGCAGCCCCUACGGGCAGCUGACUGUGAUGGCACAGUGGCCAAACAGCCCCUAAGUAAAAGAAAGCAAGGGAUUCCCCUUCCAGAGGGGGCUAGUGAAAAACUAAGAAAGAAAUUCCGUGCCACUUAA